AUGGUCAGGGGACAGAUCAGGGAACAGCGUAGUGGUCAGCUGAGCUGUGGAGGGACUCAUAACGCCGAUCCUCAUGAACUGGGAAUCACGCUUGAGAAGCCGGUCGAUCCUCAGGCGAUAAACAUCCAGUACCUCCGCAAGAGCACCUACCUCGCGGGCCAAGAGGAGGAAGACUACGCUCACCCUGGAGCAGCUGGCGAAGGUGAGAGCUCAGGCGACGUGGAGAACCUCAUGGACUACAAAACCGGAGAGUUCCACUUCAAGAACCACGAGAUCAAAGGGAGGAAGUCAGCGGCUAACACCGCACUUGAGACGCAUCCACGCUCAACAGCUACUCCAGAUUCAAGCCUCUACUCCAUCCACGACUCCGACAACGGCGACAACGUCCUGUCGCCGAUUCCGAAGAAGGUGAUGAAGGCUCCUCCAAAUUCCAAACGGCAGAGACCUCAACCAGGAAGAGGAAGGCCUCGAAGUCACCUCAAGCGAGCACAAAGGAUGAUUCCACAUCAUCCUCCUCCUCAGAUUCUUUCUGAGAGGUAUGAACCCCAACCAUGUAAAUAG